GUUUAUAUUACUGUUACUUUCAUAAACAUUCUAUUGAGCGAAUGAACCGAUACAUAUUUUACAUCAUAGCUUGCACACACGAGUUUUAAAAAUUAUGCGUAGCACGGCGAUUCUGCCAAAUUCACACUUCCGGAAACACGGUUCUUUUCCGCAGCGAAGAGUUUAUCUGGCUAGUUAGCACCUUAGCAUGCUAAGCAAGCAGUUUCCUCCUCCAUCAGCGCACUCUUGAGUCACUCUUGAAUAACUCUUUCAUAGCGCUCUGCACGGUCGUAGAAAGACGUAAACAUGUAGACGGCUGAUUAAAACAUGAUAUAAAGACAUAUUUUAACGCGCUCAAUUAUAAUAGCUCAACCACUUGCAGGCAUCUGACGUUUAGCCUGUUAGCGUUAGCCGCUGGCUUCAGCCUGCAGCAUUAAUCAAACUCUAUUUUGCAUUUAUGUAGGCGUAAAUACGUAAUUUUCUUACCUCCAAACACGAAUUUUGCUGUAAAUAAACCCGCUUUGGUUAUCAACGGGUGUGUCCUGAUUUUCAGCCUGAUUAGCUUGUUAUGAGAGCAAGUUUCUCAUGUAGUAAAGUUGCAAAAACGUUUAAUUUUAUAGCAAAAAGAUCACUGUGGUGUAAUUCUUUUAGAAUUACUAUGAAAUGUACCGACUUCAAAUAAAGUGUAUAACCAGUUCGUUUUAUAUUAUUUUAUUUUUUAUAACCAGUUUCAUUUUUCUGACAGCCAGUUAGCAAGCGUCAUAACAUCAAGUGUUCAUUUGGGUUGGGAUGUGAGAUCUUUGUACAUGCUGGGUCAAUGGGGUCAGUGCUGGGUUUUUACCAAAGAUGUAUAUAUAGCAGAGCAGUGGAUCUCAGUUCUGGUUCUGGAGUAGCCCAGCACUUCAGGACCAGGACUGAGAACAUCUUAUGGUGUAAAGUGCUAUUAGUGGAUUGAGUUUUAAACCCUGCCCCGCUGAAUCACUUCUCUCCAGGGUUUAGAUUAUUGCAGAUCAAAAGGACAGUAUGGCCACCACUGUCGCAGUCAGCCCCAGUGAAUAUCUUCAGCCCUCCACCACUGCUUCUCAAGAUUCACAGCCUUCCCCACUGGCACUUCUGGCGGCUACCUGCAGUAAGAUCGGGCCUCCUGCUGCCCAGGCCCCAGUCAGCACACCACCAUCUCAGCCAACCACGCGGCGUCUGCACCCCAUCAAGCCUGCCCCUAUUGCUCCGGCUCCACCCAAAAACCUUGGGUUCCUCUCAGCGAAAGGGAAUGUCAUCCAGCUGCCUGCGGGACUUGGUUCGUCAGGGGCCAGUCCCAUUGUUUUCACUAUUCAGAGCCCUUCACGUCCAGCAGGCACAUCCAAUGCCAACAUCCAGUACCAAGUGAUUCCUCAGUUCCAGGGGUCUCAGACCAUUCAAAUGAUGCCUCAGGGAGGACAGAUCCAGAUCAUCCCCGGAACCAACCAGGCCAUCAUCACCUCACCUGUCACAGUUCAGGCUGCCACACCGGCCCCGCCGCCUCUGGCCCCGGCCCCGGUAUCCCAGCAGAAGACGGUGGCGAUCAAGCCAUCCUCUCAAAAGCGGCGGCAGAAUAAUGCCAAUGUAAAUGCUAACGUUGUACGACUCCCUAGUGGACUCACGCUCCCUCUUAACGUUACUACUAGUGAUGUGGGAGGAGCACAGAUUGUAACAGAGACUGCUGCUGCUCCAGUGAAGGGCAAGAGGGGAAGGAAGAGACAGGUGGCUAUAGCCCCGCCUCCUCCUGCCCCUCAACCGGCCUCACCGCCACCUGUAGCCGAGCAGGUUGAAGCGCUGCUAAUAGAGACCACAGCCGACAACAUUAUUCAGGCAGGAAAUAAUCUCCUGAUCGUGCAGAGUCCGGGGGGAAGUCAGCCUGCCGUGGUGCAGCAGGUGCAGUUGGUUCAGCAGAAAUCCGAUCAGCAGGUUGUCCAGAUUCCCCCACAGGCUCUAAAAGUGGUACAGGCUGCCUCUGCCACACUUCCCCCGGUACCACAGAGACAGACAGUCACACCCAGUGUGCAGGUGUCCCCCCCAGAACACACACAGGUGCUGAUUAAAACAGCCUCAGGUGAAUGGCAGGCUGUACAGCUACAGGAGACCACGGUUACCACACCAACAACACCCACCAGCACCCCCACACCUGCGGUGGUCACUAAAAAGGCUCAAACAGGGACACGGAAAGAAAGGACUCUGCCUAAAAUUGCCCCGGCUGGGGGGGGUCUGAUAACCCUGAAUGCAGCCCAGCUAGCUUCUGCUGCUCAGGCUGUUCAGACCAUCAAUAUUAAUGGUGUCCAGGUGCAGGGUGUUCCUGUAACGAUCACCAAUGCUGGGGGCCAGCAGCAUCUCACGGUGCAGACGGUUCCAGGCGCAGGUCUGCAGUUGGGUGGUAUGCAGACACAAACGCAGACCAUGCAGGUGGAGCAGACACAGACGCUCGCACUGGAACUGCAGAGUCAGCCAGGAGAGAAAAAACGGCGUAUGGCCUGCACCUGUCCAAACUGCAAAGACGCAGAAAAGAGGCCAGGAGAGGUGGGGAAAAGAAAACACAUCUGCCACAUAGCAGGCUGUGAAAAGACCUUUCGAAAGACUUCCCUGCUGCGGGCGCAUGUCCGACUGCACACGGGAGAGAGACCUUUUGUGUGCAGCUGGGUCUUCUGUGGAAAACGCUUCACACGUAGUGACGAACUGCAGCGACACGCCAGAACACACACGGGAGACAAACGUUUCGAGUGCAAUAAAUGUCAGAAACGUUUCAUGCGGAGUGACCACCUCACAAAGCAUUACAAAACACACAUCAACACAAAGAGCCUGUGAACAUCGUCUUUCACAGGAUUUCAAGAACUUUGGGAGGAUAAAAAAGAAAAAUGCCCUUCCCGGGCCUCUAAGGAUGGAAGGAAACAAAGGUCAAACCCCUUCACGUGUACGACAUGGCCCUGGAAAGUCACCUGUUUAUACCAGCUGUUUCAGGGUAGACUACACUCCCGCUGUCCACUUUUUUUUACUCUCCCUCAUUGUCAGAGGAAGGCUGGUAGGCCGUAAAGUGGGGUCCUCACCUUAGAUUCACAAAGAACAUGGAUGCCAAUUGUGUUUUGGGUGAUUUCCUCUGUUAUACGGAGCAAAUAGGAUGUCUGUCUCAGCACCAACAGACACUCCAGCCAAAAAAAAAAAAGAAGGAAAGAAGUUACUUUUUUUUUCUUUUUCCCCCUCAAUUACAAUUUUUCACAUGUAUGUUUUGGUUGUUUUAGCUAUAUCAUGCCCCUCGCAAUGAAGUGUAGCAGCUAAUGGACAGUGUUUCCUGGAUUUUAUUGUGUAAAUGUUUGUUUUCAUACAUACAAACAUACAUUUGUACAUACUAUAGCAAAUUUGAAUACAGAAGUGAUGCUUUGGACAAAAUCUUUGACCUAGUUAAAUUAUUUUCAGUUGUUACAUGAUUUUUUUAAAGUCUGCUUUAGAAUUUUAAACGGAAGCUUGAAACUUUGUAUAACUUUAGUUGAUUGGUUUUAAUAUUAUUGGAGGUUUUGGAAAAAAAUAUUUUGGCUUUUACAUACUUGUUCAUGGUUAGACAAUCAUGUCAUGUGUAUAAAGGAGCUAAACAGGAGGGUAAAUAUCUUGGGAUUUGCUACACGUUUAAAGGUUGAUCGUCAUAUAAAAUAAGGAAUAAUUUAUGUUAAAAAAAAACGUAAAUGGAAUCAAACGUAUGCAGAUUGUGUCUGUUAAAAGAUUGCUAAUUUGUCCAUUCAAAAAAUGUAGAUAUGAAGUUAUGUUUAUGUUCUGGUGUAAAGCAAGAAGAAAUUUCUCACAAACCAGGAUGCAAUGUGAUGAAAAUGUGAUUGUGGUUACAUUAUACCAAUUUAAAUGUUUUUAUUUCAUUCAAGGUACGUGUAAAGUGGCUACUGGAUUUAAUGGUUAGUUAAAUUCAGUCAUUCCAUUUAAGAUCAUCUAAGUUUUUGUCCAAGCUCUCUAAAGGAGGCCUUAAGAGGGGAAACAAAAUCUGUGCUCAUGUAUGUUUGUAUAGUGUCUUGAGUUCAUACUGCUCUAUUUGGGUGUAAAAUGUAGGAUAAUUGUUACAUAAACAUGUAUUGGCUGUUGUUGCCAAACAUGAAAGAUGUGGACUGUGUACAGUGUAAAUGAGAAGGAAAAUACAACAUUGUAUAGUUUCAUUCCUAUAAUAUGUAAGACUAAUAGAUUACCCUUUUUAUUGACUAAAAGUUGCCUUAGUCUGCAGCACCCCAUAUUUAAAGAGAUUUGUCUUUUUCCAGGGAACUGCAUUUGUAGACCUGCUUUAUUAUUUUUUUUAUCUAACUUAUGAAAUGUUAAAAAUGCCAAUUUAUGUGCACUGACCAAAUUCAGGGUUUUCACUGAGUGGAUAAUUUAAUUAUUUGGUUUAUGUACCUACAUUUGAUUUGAAAGAAUAAAAAGUUCUUUAUCUAUCCUUGGUAAACCCACAUUUAAGAGCCCUGGCUUUGAAUAUCGGUAGGUAAACUUGUGUUUGUAUAACUUGUAUUGAGGAGCUUAGACCAGAGAACUUGCUAUCUUUUUCUACAGUCAGACCACCUCUCCCACUCACUCAAUAAAGCAUAACACACAACA